AUGUGCGUGAGUGCGGCAGCCGCCGUGGGGGCGGCGUUCCCGCCGCCUGGGGCCCCCCAUCCGGUGUGCCGGCCGCCCCCAGGAGGCGGCCAAUCAGCGCCAAUCUUUGUUCCAAUCGCCGCCUUCCGGGACGCGCUGGUGGCGGAGGCUGGAGGUGCGGCGCUUCCGGACGCGGCCGCUAGAGGCGCGGCGGUGCCGAUGCGUGCCGGUCCCCAGAGACCAGGAUUUAUCGGCCCCGGGCGGCGCUCGCCGGAUUCCCUGAAUUGUUUCGCGCCGCCCGCCGGAGCAUCCAUUGCCGGCGCCUUCGACAGCUCACUGGCGCUGCUGUGUCUGAUGAGAAACAAGUUGGGUAACGUGUUCUGCGUGUUCUCCAGCGGGAACUGGAGGCCAGUGAGGCAGGCAGCGAAACGCAGUCCGGACCUGAUUUUUUUUUUCCGCGCGUGCCGGCAGGUGCGGAACGCGACGGCGGUGUUCAUCAUCAACCUGUCGGUGUCGGACCUGUCCUUCUGCUGCUUCAACCUGCCGCUGGCCGCGUCGCUGUUCGCGCAGCGCGCCUGGACCCACGGCGACCUCCUCUGCCGGCUCUUCCCGCUCUUCCGCUACGCCCUCAUGGCCGUCUCGCUCUUCACCGUGCUCGCCAUCACCAUCAACCGAUACGUCAUGAUCGGACACCCCAGGCUCUACCCGAGGCUGUACCGGCGGCGGUGGCUGGCGCUGAUGGUGGCGUCCACGUGGCUGCUGGGCUUCGGCGCGCUGGUGCCCACGUGGCUCGGCGUCUGGGGCCGCUUCGGGCUGGACGACAAGGUGGGGUCGUGCACCAUCCUGCACGACCACAACGAGCGCACGCCCAAGGAGUUCCUCUUCAUCGUCGCCUUCGUCAUACCCUGCAUCGUCAUCGUGGUGUGCUACGCGCGCAUCUUCUACAUCGUGCGCAAGACGGCGCUCAAGUCGCGCGGCCCCCGCGGGGGCGGUUCCAGCGUGGCAGCCGCCUCCGCCAACAGCGGGGGCGGCACCGCCGCCUCCAGGAAGGCCGACGCCGCCCUCUCCUCCUCCGCAGCCAGGGCGCACGCCGUGCUGGAGAACGGCGCUGGAGCGGCGACGCGCUUGGAGGCUGGCUCCAGGCCACUGCUGCUGGACGUGCCGAGGACAGCCCACGAGCCCUCCUCCUCCUCUGGCAUCGAUGUCAGCAAUGCGGGGAGCCUGUGCGACGAGGACGACACCGCAUCUGGGGGCGGGGCCGGGGUCGGCAGCCGCAGCGGGACGCCCACCUCCCUCAGCAGCCGAGGGGGCGGCAGGAGCUGCGGGGGCCGGCGGAGGCGGCGCUCCGGCAGGUCGCCGUCCGCCGUCGCGCUCAGCUCCGCACUCUGCCAGGUGGCAGCAGUGUUUGGCAGAGGGCGCGCACCCAGCGGCAGCCCCUGCUCCGUCCGCAGAUACAGCAACAACAACCUGGCCGCUGCACUGCCCACCAGCCCACCCGUCCCAGGGAAGAUGACGACAAAGGACAAGAAGCUGCUGAAAAUGAUCCUGGUGAUCUUUGCAUCAUUUGUGGUGUGCUACCUGCCCAUCACGGUCAGCAAGACAUUCCACUCGGUCACCAACCUGCACGGGCUCAACAUUGCUGGCUACAUCCUCAUCUACCUGUCCACAUGCAUAAACCCCAUCAUCUAUGUCGUCAUGAGCUCAGAGUACCGCCAGGCCUACAAAAACCUGCUCAUGUGCCGUGCCUCGUCUGGAGGUGGAGCGACACCCGGCGGAGGCGGUUCUGGGGCGGGGGCGGGACAGCAGCCGCAGCGGCAGGACAACAACCUGAUGGAGCUGGCGGCGGCAGGGACAGCCGGCCGCUGCGGGUCACAGCGAGCAUGACGGUGACGCCGGAGGCCGUGGUGGCGACGGGGGCGCCACCCCCAUCCCCACAGGGAGCUCGCGUCGGCUGCGGGCAGCGGCAGUGUGCGCAAGACUUA